AGGCGCCUGCAGCCAUGAGGUUACUAGAAAUUGUGAUAUUGACCUUUAUCAUAGUAUAUCCAGAUGAUGUGCUCUCAGCGAGGGCUGCCAAAGCUAAGAAGAAACCAGAUAUUAAUGGUCCCUGCGGCAAGCGGUAUUUGCGUCAGAUUAACGGUAAAUGCUAUUAUUUUGCAGGCAAAAAGAUGAACUGGUUCGGGGCACAGAACAAUUGUCUGCGCAAGAACCUCAAUCUUGCCGAUCUGGGCACAAGGGAGGAAUACGAUGGCAUCGUGAAUUACCUGAGAGCGCGCGGCAACAUGGAGGACUAUUGGUUCGGUGGCAAUGACCUGCAGACGGAGGGUCGUUUCACCUACAUUAGCACUGGUCGACCGGUACGCUAUUUCGGUGGUCUCAAAGGCAUUGAGGCCACGUUUCGCGCCAAUUUGGAUGAUUGCCUGGAGGUCAGACUGAGGCAGAAUUCCACCGGCAUUACCGAUGACAAUUGCCAGGAGAAACAGUAUUUUGUAUGCCAGAAGAAUGCUGUUAAAUGUGCUCAGCCAGUGGAAGGUGGAGCAAACGAUACGCAUCAUAGUCACGAGCAUUUGCAUCACUUCCAUCAUGAUGCAAAAGGCAAGGAAGACAAGGAUGGCUCGGAAAAUAAAGAAAAUGAGCAGAACGAUGUGGAAAGCGAUUCGCGGCCGGCUGAUAAUUCGAAUUCAACGGAAGUUAAGGAACUACCAACCGAAGCAUCGGGUGAAAAUACAUCAGCAAAUGAGGAGACACCCUUGGAAGGGCAGGAAGAGACUCCAAUGGCAGAGGACACCUUAAGCUCAACAUUUGCUACACCACAUGGUGGUGGGGAAGGAGCGUUAUCAGCUCCAGAGGAAACAGCAUCAGAAAAUGGAACGGAAACUCCUGAACCGGAUGCAGCUGGAGAGGAAACUCCAGAGCCACCUGCAGAAGGAGCAGAAACUCCAGAACCACCUGCAGAGGGAGCAGAAACUCCAGCGCCACCUGCAGAAGGCGCAGAAGCUGCAGCGCCACCUGCAGAAGGCGCAGAAGCUGCAGCGCCACCUGCAGAAGGCGCAGAAGGCGCAGCGGCGCCUGAAGAAGGCGCAGAAGCUGCAGCGGCGCCUGCAGAAGGCGCAGAAGCUGCAGCACCACCUGCAGAAGGCGCAGAAGCUGCAGCGCCACCUGCAGAAGGCGCAGAAGCUGCAGCGCCACCUGCAGAAGGCGCAGAAGCUGAAGCGGCGCCUGCAGAAGGCGCAGAAGCUGCAGCGGCGCCUGCAGAAGGCGCAGAAGCUGCAGCGGCGCCUGCAGAAGGGGCAGAAGCUGCACCUGUUGAAGGCGCACCUGUUGAAGGCGCAGGAGCAGAGGCAGCACCACCUGGCAGCGGAGAAGCGGCAGCAGCAGAAAAUCCACCUGACGAUCUAGCAGAGACUCCAGCACCAGACAAUCCCGAAAGUCCAGCCGGCCGUGCUCCCAAAACAAAAUCUGUAGAACCAAUAAAGCCAACUGAAGUUCUAGCAGAGACACCAGGACCAGACAAUCCCGCAGUUCCAGCCGGACGUGCACCUGAAACAACAGCUGUAGAAAUAAUAAAAACAACUACCACGAGCUUAGAAGCGGAUGAAGCUCACGGCAAAACUGAUUUGACAGCGAAGAACCUGGGUGGAGAGCCAGUUUUGCCAGUGCCAGCGCCUGACGAGACAAAGCCGGCUAAUUGAUGGCAUAUCAGCGACACCUGUAAUCGGCGCUCAACAAGCACCUGAAAUAACCCCAAAUCCAAAUGCGUUUGUAAAAAUCGAAUUUCCAAUGCACAAAUAAAACGCCAGAGAUCUCGCCUGGCCUCUAUAUAAAUAAGUCAA